AUGCAGAGAAUUCCUGGUGAAUCGACAAUCAGGGAGGCUACAAGUGAAGCAUUCAUGGUGAAGGAUCAUCGUGGAGAGUUGUGGCGUCUGGAAAGGAUAGCCAAAGAUGGUGCCUUCCAUAAACGGCUCACCUCUAAAAAUAUUUUCACAGUCAAGGACUUCCUGAGGUUGCAUGUUACCGAUCCAUCUGCACUGCACGAUAUACUCGGUAGUGGGAUCUCGAAUCGGGUAUGGGAUACAAUCAUAGAUCAUGCUCUGUCUUGUAUUCUUGAUGAUGAGUGGUAUUCCUACUAUGGAACCGCACAAAGCGUUGGACUCUUAUUAGACUCCAUUUACAGAGUUGUGGCAGCAACAUUGGAUGGCGAAAACUACCACCUUGUGGAAAAAUUUACCUUUUCUCAGAAGCUUCUUGUGGAAGAUGCAAAGCGACAAGCUUACAAAAAUGUUCAGUACCUGGUUUUGGUUGACAGGCGGGCAACUACGGGACCCUCAAUGCCCUUGACAGAUCUCCUGCCUGAGCCACUUAGCGUCCCAAAUUUACUUCUGCAGCAAUCUGAUUUCUCGGUUGAAAACCAAGAUGAACCAGAUACAUCAAAUAGUAAUUUCAACCAAUCAUCAACAUCCUAUGCCUAUGAAAUGAAAGAUGCCAAUCAAUUACAGGUUUCUUUACCACACGAUGAGCCUGCUAUCAAAGCUUUCAAUCCAACCCUAAGAAACAGCUUCAGAUUGGGAGGAAUCUUCCAAUCCAAUGGAGAGAACAGUUUGUCAUUUUUCACAGGUGAUCAUUUUGCGACCGAGGAUAAUUCUCAAGCUCAAAUGCCAAUCUGGACUUCAACUACUCCAGCAUGGGGACUACCUAGUGGAUCUAAUAUUUUGACUUUGGCCUCCGAAUCAUCGGUAGGCACCCUAUAUCUUCCCUAAAUGUAAAUAGCCAAACAUUGGAGAGACCAGAGAUGUGUGGCCCAAAGCUAGGUGGUUGAAGCUACAAGCUGUUAUCCGAUGGAGGUUGAUUAGUCGCGGUGCCGCACGAAGGCGACUCGCCACCAGGUUUGUGUAUAUAUAGUUACCUAGAUUUACUUUAAAAGCAAUUAAGCUUUCUCCAAGUAUAUGUGGAUGCUCUUCAAGUUGAUUCAUGGGUGCAAUCAGGGGGGCAAGACUCUCCUAGAUGUUUUAGGUUAGAAUAUUUGUAGAUCUUAUGUAGUGUUUCCUCCCCUU